CUACCGACAAAUUACACGCGUACUCGAAGAGAAAAAACAUCCAGCUUAACAACUUUUAUUAGAGCCACACCCACACCGCAAUUACGUGUGCAGUUAAUUAAAUAUUUUAUUUGCUUCUUCAGUCCAUACCUUCCAUAAGAUUAUAUUAAAUUCUCGCUGCGACGAAAAGUUUCUCACCUGUCACGGCUGAUUUGCUGCUACUUCGCUCACCCUUAAUAUCGGCCAAGAGCAACGCUGCUUACUUUAAUCUUAUAUCGUUAAUUUACUGCCUUCCUCUCCCACCAAAAGUUAAGCGCCACUCUCUCUCCCACUGAUGACCGCCGCUAAACGACGCGCAAGUAGUGGCGCGACAAAUAACAACAAUAACAAUAAUGAUACGGAUGAAUAUCGCGAACAGCAACAACAUCUGUUACAACAUCCACAACAACAAUAUCAUAGUACACAACAACGUUACCAGUUCCAGUAUCAGCAAGAGCAGUCACAACAACAACCACAACAACAUUAUCAAUACCAACAACAACAGCAACAACAGUUUACGCAUCAGUCCGCAUCGCAUUCAGCAUAUCAACACGAAAAUCACCAGUCAAAUCAACAACAACAACAGCAUCAACAGGAACAGCGACAACAAACAUCAUUGCUGCGUGAUUGUUCGGUGAAAUUGCCUCUGGAUAUUCUAUGGUUACCAAAAUCUGCAAUGCGGCCAGUGGGGCCUGACGCCUCGCACACCGACUGCAUACUGGUUGUUGGUGUCUCCCGUCCGAAAUUAGCUGUAGUCUUUCUAACAGUUAUGUUAAUAUCACUAUUCCUCACCUUUCAUGUACUCUACGAUAGCGCCGUAUAUAAUAUACAAGCGGCACAAGUACUCACCGAACGGCAUCGGCUGCGUUUGCUGAGCAGUGCGGGCAGUAGUGGAGGCGGUAGCGCCAGCGCUAAUAACAUCAACAACAAUCAUUUGCCAGAAUUCAUCAAACCUGCCGCGGCGGCUGUGGCUGCAGCAGCAGCAUUGGCCGCUGUACCCUCCUCGAAUCAGAUUAGUCAUCCAAUGGUGUUUCCUUCGAAUCGUGUGCACUUUCCGAAAACGAGCCGAAGAUUGCCGCAGGCUCUCAUUAUCGGCGUUCGCAAGUGUGGCACACGCGCUCUUCUUGAAAUGCUGUAUCUUCAUCCUCGCAUACAAAAAGCCGGUGGCGAAGUUCACUUCUUCGAUCGUGAUGAGAACUACAUGAAGGGCUUGGAGUGGUAUCGCAAGAAAAUGCCACACUCGUUUCGUGGACAAAUUACGAUCGAAAAGAGCCCCAGUUACUUCGUGUCGCCAGAGGUGCCGGAACGUGUGCGCGCCAUGAAUGCCAGCAUAAAACUUUUGCUCAUUGUACGUGAACCGGUGACAAGGGCCAUUUCUGAUUACACACAAUUACGAAGUCACGCGGCCACGGCCACGCUGCCGCUAGCCGAUGGACCCGCAGCAGCGCCACCAUCCCCCGCGACCGCUAAAUACAGCGCCAACAGCUAUCAGAGGCGACGCGGCCGCGCCAUCGAUGCAGCCGGCUCUGGCUAUGGACCGGGUGCAGGCUAUACGAACCAGCAGCUGCGCGCGUCCCAGCAUAUUGCACUCUAUGGCAAAACGAGCAAGUCCUAUGUAGCAGCACCAGUGUAUGAUAAUGCAAUCGGCGGCGGUGGUGGUGGCGAUGAGGGCGGUGGCGCGGCACGGAAUCGUAUUACUGAAUCCGCGCACACAACGGCACCAACGCCUGGCUCGGCGGCCGCCGCAGCAGCAGCAGCUCAAAUUGCAAGCAAAUCAUUCGAGGAGCUAGCCAUAUUCCCCAAUGGCACGGUUAAUGAGUCCUAUCGUCCGCUAACCAUAUCUCUAUAUCAUUUGCAUUUGCAUCGUUGGCUGGAAGUCUUCCCGCGCGAGCAAUUACUCGUUGUCAAUGGUGAUCGAUUAAUUGAGGACCCCGUUUCGCAAUUGAAGCGCAUCGAAACGUUCUUAGGCAUCGAGCAUCGUGUGACCAACAGUCAUUUCUACUUCAACGAGACAAAAGGCUUCUACUGUUUGCGUUACGACAGCGGUGACCGAUGCUUACGUGAAACGAAAGGACGCAAGCAUCCACAUGUUGAUCCUGUGGUCGUGUCCAAAUUGCGAAAGUUCUUUGCCGAGCAUAAUCAACGAUUCUAUGAAUUGGUUGGUGAGGAUCUUGGCUGGCCGGAAGAGUAGGCUGCACACAAAAGAACAACCACUAAAAACGGCACAGUGUAGUUGUGUGUGUGUGUGUGUGCAUAGAGUUGUGACUAGAGCAAUUGCAGGACAAUCGCUUAACGGUUAGUACAUGCACCCACACACACAUACAUUUGCGCUGCUACGUUUGUGUGGUGUGUGAAAACAAGGAGCGCCACCUGAAAGCGACCACAAAGUGAG